AUGGAAGGUAGAAAUAUUGCAGUCUCCAAUGAGCCCUUUCCAUCGGAGGUGACCCAAAAUCACUAUAUCUCCUCGGCACGCUUGGUGAAUGCCCCCGUGGAAGGGGAGAAAUUUGCUAGGAGACGCCUCCUCCAAGCUUACAUGUCUGGUCAACCUCUUUUCACGAAGAAAGCCAUUCGGUAUGCGUGGGAGCAAGUCAAACGGAAACCCGGCCAUGGUGGCAAGGCAUACUCGAAGGACAUCACUGGCAACACAGUCGAAUUCAAAGUUGACUUUACGAUUUCGAAUCCUCCCCCAGAAUGUGAUUGUGGAGAUUGUGAUGAGGAUAUCACACGCAUGAUCAAAUGGAACAAAUUGUCCCUUCUGUAUGCUACCAAGGCCACUUUGUUGAGAAACUUUCUCAAAAGGUCUGAUGGACUACUUUGCCCCGUGACGAUCAUUCACGAUGGGUACCCCGUGAACGCCGAAACCACCGAAGCUCUACCGCUUCCUCCCUCCUAUCACUUUGAUGGUAUGAGUGCGCUAUUCUCGGCUGGAAUUCAGAAUUGGAAGAAGGCUCGGGCUUGUAAAAAGCUCAAGACCAUUCUGUCGGAUACUGCCAGGAGCCACGAGAUCAAUAAAACGAUUGGUUUUGCUCUUGGUGGCUUCUCCCAGCAAGAAACAUGCCUCGCCCAUGCUGCCAGAAAUGUGACUCAACAUGCACUUCUUCUUACCUUGAAGGAGUGGCUUCAGAAACGGGAUGGUGGAGAGAAGAAGCCAUGCUACGUGCAAGACCCUAGCUACAACAGUGUGGAUAAGCAGGUGCUGGAAAAGGCCGGCCUCCAAGUGAUCGACGACCCGUGUGGCUGGCUUGAGGUUGACGAGCAAUCCAUAGUGGUCUCGGUGGCACCCAAUGUGCCUGUCAAGGAGAUAAUUGCAGAUAUCGCUCGACCUGCAGUGAUCAUUUGGGAACGCGUAGGUGUCGAACAUCUAGUUCCUUUCACGGACGGAAGAGACAGGAAUGACCCCUGCUCUUUGCGGGUCGUGGAUAUGAUGGAAGAUUACGAUGCGCAUGUAUUUGGGGCUGGUCAAGAUUUGUCUGAAUGUGGCAGUCUGGUGCUAUAUGUUCGAAAGUCGAAGACAGCAGUUCCUCCGAAUCUUAGAUAG